AAUAAGCAUAGAAAACUCAUUAGCAACGGAUUUAGAUAAUUCACGUAACAUUACGUUUUCCACACAUUCUGGACUUCUGAUGUAUUUACGACCGUAACAUUCGUUCGUACAUCUAAACAAAGACUAUUUAUAAAAUAAUCAGAAAACUGCGAACUCCCCAUGAAACUACAACAAUUUAGCCUCCACCAAUAAUUUUGAAAAAGAAAAAAAAACGCGAAGAAACUUAAUUCUUUAAUACUUCAAGUUUCAAUAUCACAAGUAAUGGAUUAACUCUAAUGUCAACGACGAAUGUCUUGCGAUUACUAAUCGAACUGAAGAUUUCCCCAGUUCUUCUUCAACUGUUGCGCAGUGCACAGUGUUUCGCAGUUUUUAUGAACAUUGAAGCAACGAUGAGGAUCGAAAGAUGAGAUUGAGAUAACAUUUUUUUUAUCCAUUUUGAACUUUUCCGAUAAGAGGAAUAAAAGUGAAAAGUAAUCAGUGCGAUUAUCAUUACAUCAUUAAAUAUUUUGUUUCACUCAUGAUAAGAAUAACAUGAUGAUGCGAUUAUGACGUAAAAUUGAAAACAAAUUAAAUUGUUCAAUGAGUGAAAUAAAAAUAGGUAAUCAGAGGUGAAGCGAUAAAACAGGAUAAGUCAACUCAACUCCAGGAUGAAUGGAAUCCAGGCAGAGAAACGCCUGGGCUUUCUCUACUCACUAUCAGCGAUCCUCUCGACAAUGUCCCUCGUAUGCAUCUUAAUUGUCUGGCAACACUGGUCUCGGACCCUGAACGGAUGCAUCGGCAUCGACGUUGAUUGUGGUUGCAUUUUGUACGGUGUUAACUCGUUUAGCACCUUUAUGGGUGGUGACGUCAAGAUCUGCCACUUUGGAGUGUACGGGCUCGUUCCGGCAAUUUUUAUGGGCGUUAUUCUUGGAUUCUACCAUGGGUACAGAUCGUGCUUCAUGCGGAGUCUCGAUGAGCCGAAGGUUUCGAGAGGAAUUACUUAUUACAACAACAGGAGUGAUAAUGAAGGUAGCGUGGUUGUGGUAGCCCCGAAGGGUAGAUCGCCAUGUAAACAAUGGAUGCCGCCCACUUUCUUAGCUGCAUUGAUCUGUUGUCUGUCUCUGGCACAUGCUGUCGUUGUUACUGACGGGUAUUACAAGACUUGUGAGCAAUACAAGAAACAGACAAUUCAGAUGAUGGGAUCCAGGGGAAGAGAAGCUGAGGUGAAUAAAACUCAUGAAAUGGUCAACUUCCAGAAUUACAAAUUUUGAAAAUUAUGAUUGAU